AUGGCCAUAUUUCUCUUGGCUCUGACAACGUCGAUACAGAAUGCCGAUGAUGUUCUGAUCACACCCUUGGAGAAAUUCCGGAAAGAGCAGAUCGGAGCAGCCAAGGAGGGGAAGAAGAAAUUUGACAAGGAGACGGAAAAGUACUAUUCCUCACUGGAAAAACAUCUCAGCCUGUCGUCCAGAAAAAAAGAAUCAGCUCUCCAAGAGGCUGAUACUCAGAUUGAUAAGGAAAGGCAACUCUUUUAUGACACCUCUCUAGAAUACGUCUUCAAAAUCCAGGAGGUUCAAGAGAAGAAGAAAUUUGAAUUUGUUGAGCCGCUCUUGGCCUUCCUACAGGGUCUGUUCACAUUCUACCAUGAGGGCUACGAGCUGGCCCACGAAUUUGAGCCCUACAAACAACAGCUACAGUUUAACCUACAGAAUACAAGAAACAACUUUCUGAGCACCAAGCAAGAAGUAGAAAAGCUGAUGAACAGAGUCCGAUCUGCAGAUCAAGACCAGAAGCCCCCGGGCCAGUGGACAAUGGAAGGCUACCUCUAUGUCCAGGAGAAACGGCCUUUGGGAUGCACAUGGACACGCCAUUAUUGUACAUACGAAAAAGGCUGCAACAUAUUCAGCAUGUGCAACACAGAGGCAAAACCCACAGCUAAACAGAACGGUGUCACGUCAAAUCCCACAGAGAAGUUCAGACUGAAGUCCUGUAUCAGGAGGAAGACUGACUCGAUUGAUAAGCGCUUCUGUUUUGACAUUGAGGUGGUUGAAAGAAAUACCAUCUAUCGUGGAUCUCUUUUCAGACCACUGCAAUUUUUCUGUAAAGCCCGGCAUGGCAUUAUCACGCUACAAGCGCUGUCUGAGUCCAACAGGAGACUCUGGCUGGAAGCUAUGGAUGGCAAAGAGCCGAUCUACAACCUUCCUGCUAUUCUGAGCAAGAAAGAGGAGACAUAUUUAAAUGAAGCUGGCUUUAAUUUUGUGAGGAAGUGUAUACAGCUGGUGGAGUUGAGAGCAGGGCUCAACACUAUGGGUUUGUACAGAGUCGGUGGAAUAAACUCAAAAGUGCAGAAGCUCAUGACCACAGUCUUCUCACACAAAGCGGCGUCAGACAUGGAUCUGGACCCAGAUACCUGGGACAACAAAACCAUCACCAGCGGCCUCAAGAAUUACCUCCGGUGUCUUUCUGAGCCUCUCAUGACCUACAAGCUCCACUCAGACUUCCUCUUGGCUGUCAAAUCUGAUGAUCAGAACUACAGAGUGUGUGCAGUUCACGCGCUGGUGCAUAAACUACCUGACAAAAACAAAGAGAUGCUGGAGAUAUUAAUCAAACAUCUACUCAAUGUGUCCACUCACAGUGAGAGUAACAUGAUGACCGUGUCCAAUCUGGGAGUGAUCUUUGGCCCUACGCUCAUGCGCUCCCAGGAAGAAACUGUUGCUGCCAUGAUGAACAUCAAAUUCCAAAAUAUCGUGGUAGAAAUUCUCAUUGAACAUUUUGAAAAGACAUUUCAUCAAGCGCCGGACCCUAAUGUUCCCCUGCCACAGCCUCAUUCUUGUCCAGGGUCUCGAAGGAGCAGAGCCAUAUGUCUCUCAUCUGGACCACGCAAACCCAAGAGCCUCUACACACCCUCAAUGUGCCUGGCAGACGCGGACAGUGACACGUUCAGCAGUAGUUCAGGCAGCACUCCAAUCGGCAGUAUGGACUCCCUCUCCUCCCACUCCUCAGAGCAGAACAGCUCCUCCAAAACCUGCUCCUCUCCACAGCCCAAAGACAAGCCCCCCUUCCCCGGCCUGCGACAUACCCCUUCCUCCCUGUCCUCCAGCGAGCCGCAGGGCCCCACCUGCACCAGCAGUCCAGACUCCAGCUCCAGAGAGGACACGGGCCGUGUGGAUUGGGAGGACUCCUGUAGGGUGAACUCAGCCUUAGCAGCUGCCAGGUCUUCCCUAGCACCCACAAAGGCUCCUCACUCUGAAGUAGGAAUCAAAUCAGCACAGCUUAACCGCUCGAACGCCCCAUCUCUAAGAUCUUUACACAUCACAGAAGCCCACUUCCGCCACUGA